GAAAACAGACCCGCGCGGCCCAUUUGCUACCGCUUCCACUCUCUUCGUUUUGCCCAACCUCACUCUAGAACCCUAACUCAUCCACACUCUACGAAACCCUCCCCUUUCUCACUCUCUGCAUCAAAGAUGAUGAAACUAUCGAGAUUUCUGAACUCCAACAGGAAUGUAGUUGGGAAAGGUACUGAUGUUAGAGAUGGUUCAGCAUUGCAUGCUUUAACUUUCCAGGCUGGCAUUUCUACUGGUGGGAAGAGUUCUAUUCAAGAUCGUGUAUUUGCUCCUUAUUCUGUUUUCAAGGGUAAAGCUGCGCUCUCUAUUGAACCUGUUCUUCCAACUUUCUCUAAGUUUGGUUCUGGGAAUCUUAGAGUUGACCGACGUGGUUCUAUGAUGUUAACUUUCUUGCCUGCUAUAGGUGAGCGUAAGUAUGACUAUGAAAAGAGACAGAAGUUUGCUCUAUCAGCAACAGAAGUGGGAUCUUUGAUAAGCACGGGUCCCAAAGAUUCUUGUGAAUUCUUCCAUGAUCCCUCAAUGUUGUCAAGCAAUGCUGGCCAAGUGAGAAAGAACUUAUCAAUUAAGCCACACGCAGAUGGUAGUGGCUAUUUCGUUUCAUUAAGUGUUGUCAACAACAUCCUGAAAACUACCGAACGAUUUACUGUUCCUGUCACGACUGCUGAAUUUACAGUUCUGAAGACAGCUUGCAGUUUUGCAUUGCCCCACAUCAUGGGUUGGGAUCGGUUGACUACUCCACUGCCUGGAACCUUAGCACCAAAGCUGUCAAAAGUGGAUCCACAAAUGCCUGAUUUAGAAUGGGAUAAAUGAAGUCAUACAUGUCCACCAGAAUUUUGUCUGCACCACUUCAUGCUCCGGCCUUCAGAUUUGCAUAUUAAUAGGACAGUUGCAUGCUGUUCUUUGUAGUGCAUUUUCUGUGUUUAGUUUUAUGCAAUCGAAAACUCUGUUCACUUCCUUGUGAUUUACUGUUUGGAAAUUUAUUAGAAUUGCUGUUUAUGAA